AUGACCAGGCUCCGCGGAGCUUCUCUCGACAAUCCGGACAUCGCGCAGCCGGGCGGCGGCGGCGAACGCCCUCAAUACUCUCGGUCCAAGAUACCACCAAAUGCGCCCGAAGUCGUUGUCCAGAACACUAUUGAGCUUUCAGAUUCAUCAAGGGUCUUACCGUGGUAUCGGGAUGAACGUCGGCGGCGAUUUAAUGUGCUAGUGCGAAGGUACAAAAACCAGUUACUCCAUGGGUGUGAUGACCCGGGAUGUCGGACUCCAACCUGCGCCAGUCGACGCCGAAGAGUAAGCGAAGGCCCGUAUCGUCGGUACACAGAACUCAGCGCGCGAACCCUCGCCUGCUACCUCGCCAGUCAGGAGGAUGCUGAGAGUGGACUUUGUUGCAACAACCCGAGGUACUCGUCUGAGUUGACAAUCCAUGAUUAUCAUCGUAUCUCCCUCCAACGAUCUCGUGCCUUUCAGGUGCAGGCUGCGGCUGCGACUGCGGCGGAAAAAGGCAACGUUUCCCAACCCCAGCAUGCUCAAACCGAUGGUCCCGAUUUCCACACAGGAGCGAGUGCUGUCCAAACAGGUGAAUUGGCUGCUCCGGGUGAUGCUGGACGCCCGGCUGCCCAGGAUGUACACCCGAGUACCUACAACUUUCAGGACCUUAACUAUACUGCGGAACAACCACUCAAAGAUCCGAAAUCCUUUACUCAAAACCUUUUCGAUACAUUAUCUCUACGCAUGGUUGAAUGGCUGCCACUACGACGGACAACCGAACCUUUGCCGUCGAGGAAACAGCCAGAAACACAUCCAGAAAGCAUUGAGGCAACGAACCCCGGGAAACGACAAGACAUAGAAAAAGAUAAAACGAAACUAAAUGGCAGCCAAUCCACUCCUUCGCAUGCCCAAAACCCUCCGCCACGCACCCCUUCAUCACGAACUUCUGGAACCCAAGCCUCUGCAGUGGAGCUAAAAUUUCAAAACCAGCACGUGAAGCGACUUUCUAUCACUGAAGUGGAUCACUGGCGGCAGUCACCGCGGUCUAGCUUGGAGGAAAAGAAAUGUCCCGAAUAUAAGAACCGCAAGUUGUCAAUCAACUCGCAUCUUGCUCCAAAUGAGUUUGCCAGCAUGCCUUCCCCGCCCGCGUUGAAACAUCGCGCGCAAAAGCAUCGCGGAAGGUCAGGGGAUAUAGACAGCACACGUCCCAAAGAGCGGUCUAAGAAUCAGCGACGUGUUUCUUGGGACAGCGAAAAGCUUUUGGGUCAGGCUGCUAUCUCCGCAAGCCCAGGAAAUCCUCAAUUGCCGCCUCCUCAACCGGAUAUUGAUGUCGAUACCCCAACAAAUCGCAAACCAAAAUCGAGUUCCAUGCGUCGUACGGCAGAUGUGACGCCACUGGCCCAGUCUGUGACGCAUUUCACUCCAGAUAUUAUUAAUGGCCUUAGCCAGAUCAUGAUUGCGUCCGAGGAAGAUGCAGAGAACUGGCGAGAAGAACUCGACCGCAUCCAAUCUAUGGGUAGCUUUGACAACCCGGACUGGAGGUUUGCAACCCCUCGCCAGCGUCAGGUCUUUCCUUUCGUUGCCCAAAGCGUCUAUUUCGUCUUCAGCAGUACCAGGCAGAUUUUACGUUCUUUUGGAAAAGAUACACUGGAGCUGGGCACAGCAACCAACAAUAUUAACAAACGACUGGAUAUUCCAAAACUUCGAGAAUCCCUGCAGCGCCUUUUUACCAUCUGCCCCUGGGACAUUGCGUUGCACAGUCUAUGGAGUGCCCUGGAUAAGCUCUUCGUGCCUCCGGACGAGUUUACUGCGUCUAGCCGACCUUCUCGCCGUUCAUCCCGCAAUUCCACAAUUGCCAGCGUUGCUCCGGUCGUACGGCGACUUUCCGAAUCUCCCAGCGAAGACCCCUUGUCUGACGCAGAUGCCGCUUAUAUUGCCACCAUCACCUUCUUUGUUUUGAUUAGCUCGGUCCCAGAUCUUGAUGUUGGCACCUGGCGUGGUAUUCUUCGUAUGCGUGCUGCUGGUACAGUUGCCUCUUCUGCCGAUAUGGAAAAACUAUCGCCCGAGUAUGCUCAGCAAGCCGUGGAAGCGACCGAUCGUCUAGAACAUGAACUAGGCCUUCGCCUAAUCAAUCGUCUUGUCCGUGCUCUUACCGCCAGGCUCGCUUAUCACGAGAUAUCCAAAGCUCGUCAAGUCUAUAGCCUUGACCUACCCAAGCAACGACGGCUGAAUGUGCUUGAUCGUAUUGUGGACCAUCUUAGCGAACACCAACCUCUCAAAGACUCGGAGAUCGACAGUACAUCCACUUAUUCUACUGGCCCCAUCCCUCUCAUCGUGGAAUGGCUCAGAACGCUCUUCCUCCGAGAAUGGGAUGGCAAUCCAGAGAUGGCUCGCAGCAGUGCCGCCGGAGGCGCAAUACAGAUCUUGGCUUUGAUGUACAAGGAACGAAAUCGGCUGGGCCUUUUCCCUGAGGACUUCCAGACUCCCAUCCUCGCAGAGCGACUGGAUCCUCUCGAGAUGCCAGUUUCCUGGGUGGGAAAUGUAUCAAACAACCGCACGAUUCACCUCCUAUCAUACUCUUUCCUCUUCCCCCCGUCUUUCCUGGUCAUAUAUUUCAGAGCCCUCAACUACUCGGCAAUGUCUAAAUACUACGAGGCAGCUAUGACCACCACGCGACAUGUCACUCAAACUGCCUUUGGCAGCAUUUCGGUCCUGGAUGACGCGGCACUCUUAGCGCGCAUGAAAAUUUCAAUGUCGACGUUUCUUGUUCUUGUCGUCCGGCGAGACAGUGUUCUGACGGAUGCUCUGAAUCAGCUCUGGCGGCGAGAAAGGCGGGAGCUUAUGCGGCCACUCAAGGUUCAGAUGGGUAUGGAUGAAGGAGAGGAAGGGUUGGAUCACGGCGGUGUUCAGCAAGAAUUCUUCCGGGUGCUCAUGGCCGAAGCUCUCGACCCAUCCUACGGCAUGUUCACCAUGGAUAGCCGGCAUCGUAUCUCCUGGUUCCGGCCUUGCUCUUGGGAACCGCUCUACAAGUUUGAGCUUCUCGGGCUUUUGAUGUCUAUCGCCGUGUACAAUGGUCUCACACUCCCGAUCAACUUCCCGGUUGCGUUCUACCGCAAGCUGCUGGGACUCAAGGUGAAGCAUCUUGACCAUAUCCGCGAUGGAUGGCCGGAACUCACUCAGGGUCUUGACUCACUUCUCACUUGGAAGGAUGGCGAUGUGAGCGACAUUUUUAUGCGUACCUACGAAUUCAGCUUCGAAUCUGUAGGCAGCGUGGAGACAGUUGACAUGCAAAAGGUCGGUCGCGACGAAGCGUGGCCUACCACCCGAGCGCCGAGUGGAUGUCCUUUGGAAGCAGUUGCAGCGUGGCCUGACGGUUCUCAUUACCGUGAUCUAGCAACGGUUAGCCCUCCAUCACCCAUGGCGGGUGAAGCGGCCGAUCCACUCAGCCCUUCUGCCUCGGGCGAGGCCGCAAAGUUCAUGCAGUCUCUGCCUCUUCAAUCACCCACACCUCCUGCUGAUGAGGCACCCCUUGUGACGAAUCAGAAUCGCACCCAGUUUGUCAAAGAUUAUAUCUUUUGGCUUACUGACAAGUCGAUUCGACUACAGUUUGAGGCGUUCCUUCGGGGCUUUCACACAUGUCUCGAUCGAUCAGCCCUGUCAGUCUUCACUCCAGAGGCACUUAAGACUGUCGUUGAAGGACUUCAAGAGAUUGACGUCAAGGAACUCGAGAACCACGCUCGAUACGAGGGUGGAUUCGGGCCCGAUCAUCGUCUCAUCCGCGACUUCUGGGGCGUGGUGCAGCAGUAUCCGUCGGAGAAAAAGGCGCAGCUCCUGGAAUUCGUCACAGCCAGUGACCGGAUUCCCGUCAACGGUAUCCCGAGUAUUAUGUUCGUGAUCCAGAAAAAUGGCGUUGGAGACCUGCGCCUUCCGACCAGUCUGACGUGCUUCGGCCGUCUCCUGCUGCCCGAGUACUCGUCCAAGGAUGCACUGGCCGAGAAGCUGGACAAGGCACUUGAAAACGCACGAGGAUUUGGUGUUGCGUAA